CCACCGCCGACGUUCGUUUCAGUCGUGCGGAGAGUACCGUGUACGUGAUACCGUGGUUGUGUGUGUACGCGAGCUCGGGCGUGUGUGUAUGUGUGUGUGUGUGUGCUUGUUCAAUGUGCUCAUUCUGAACCGCCUACACUAACCUAUGGUGUCAUGUACCUGUCAUAUUGAUUGGCUGAUUGCCCUGACAAUAUUCAUUGGAAUAAUAUCUAUCAGGUCACAUUAAAACAGGUCUGAAAAAAAAUUCAAACCUAAAAAUGGAAGACGUCGAGUUAAAAAAUGUGUGUUCAAUUGGAUCAAACGAUCAACUUCUCAAAGCCGUCCAAUCAAACGAUUUAGAUUUAUUCAAAAAACUCCUAGAAAUAGGGUUGGGAAAUUCAUCUGUAGACUUGGAUAAUAUAUUUGACGAACCUUAUCAUGGCACAAUAUUAGAUAUAUGUUGUAUAUCAACGGGUAGAUCAGAAUUCAUCAGAAUACUAUUAUCGGUAGGAGUAGACGUAAACGUUAUUAAUAAAAAUCGGAAAAAGGCUCCGAUACAUUUAGCGGCUGCGAAUGGAUGUAAAGACGCAUUAGAUGUAUUAUUGGAACAUCCUCCAACCAAUAUAAAUUUAUUAGAUAGUGAUGGGAAUUCGGCUUUACACCUUGCAGCAAAAUCUGGAAGUGUAGAAUGCACAGAAUUGCUAUUGAAUUCGAAUAAUAUAAAAGCAAAUCAAUUGAAUAGGAAAGGCUUUACUCCAGCAUACUUGGCCGCUACUUCGAAGAAAAAAAAUGAUCAACUAAUGAUAGCAUUUAUUAGAUGUCCAAAAGUUGACUUGGAUUUGUUCAUUUGGGAUAAAUCACUAAGAAGUGUGAUAUAUGAGAAAUAUCCACAUCUCACGGAAGAAAUGCCACCAGAAGGUACAAGAACUAUUACGGACCACUGCGAUAACCCGUUUGUAUACCUCUACUCAAAUGACAUAGAAGGAUUUAUUUCAUACAUAACUUCCACAAAACAACUUGACCUUAACAAUCAUGAUGGAAGGCACACUUAUCUUCAAUAUGCAUGUGAUUUCGGUUUACCAAAAGUUGUUGAAAUUUUACUCAAUCUUGAUGUAGAUCCAAAUGGUAUAUGUCCUUCUAAUACUAAAUAUGCAAUUUUUAUUGCAUCGUUUAGAGGUUUUGCAGAUAUUAUACAAUUGUUUUUGAAUAGUAAAAAAUGUAUAUGUUAUCAAACAAGUAACGGCACAGCACUUCUUGAAGUAAUUAAAGGUUCUGAUGAAAACCACAACUCAUUAGAUGUAAAUACUGAAUUAUGUGACCAUGAUAGGUCAUUUAAAAUGUUACUAAAAAAAAGUGUAACCAAUCCUUUUGAACUAGAUAUUAAUCAAUCAGAUGAUAAAGGUAAUACUUGUCUACAUUACGCAGCAAAAAUUGGUGAUCGAGAUUCCAUAUUGUUGUUGUUGGAGAAUGGUGCUUAUAUAGGGAAAAGAAACGUUCUUGGAGAUCCUCCACUUGCUGAUAUCAGUCCUAAUAUAUUAGAAUCUCAUUUGAAUAAAUGCAUCAAAUCAAACGGAAAAUCUCCAAAAGAUAUUAACUACGAAAUUAUAUGUUCAUACAACUUUUUAUGCCCCCCAAAGAUUUACAAGCAGAAAGAUAUUGAUAAUUAUCAAUCACAAUUAGAAGGUCUAGAGUACAUUCCCGAAAAUAUCCCAGAAACCGAUCCAUUGUUAUAUAUAAGUGAAGUUCCAGAACUCAGGCCUCUUCUAAAACAUCCUGUAUUAACUAGCUUCUUGCAUUUAAAAUGGUUUGCAAUAAAAAGAUAUUAUAAAGUGAAUUUAGCGUUUUAUAUAGGAUUCUGGGCACUUUUAACCAUUUACACGCUGUUAACUUUUAAAAUAGGUGUUCAAAAUAGUAAUUUAUCACUCACUCAAGAUAAUAUUACUGAAUUCUCCACGAACAGUGUGCCAUUUAGCAGUGAUACGGCUGUUUAUUUGUGGGUUAUGGUAUUUGGAUUCCUUAUUGCUUUAAUAUUUCGUGAAUUAUUCCAGUUGAUCUCAUCUCCGAUUACGUACAUAAUGAGCUUAGAAAACUGGUUGGAAAUAAGUCUCAUUGUUUUGACUUCAAUUUUAUUAUUGUGUGAAAUGUCUUGUAUAUCAAAUAGAAACCAAAUAUCUGCCAUUGUCAUUCUACUUUCUUGGGGUGAACUUAUCCUUCUCGUCGGUAGACAUCCAGCGCUUGCCACCCACCUAGAGAUGUUUAAGCGAGUUACUAAAAACUUUUUACAAUUUUUAGUAUGGUAUUCUAUAUUAAUAAUAGCAUUUGCCUUAAGUUUUUAUAUGUUAUUUAGAAAUGACGCAGACACCGAUAACAAAUUUAACGAUCCCAGCUCAGCGACAUUCAAAACUAUAGUCAUGUUGACUGGAGAAUUUGAUACAUUUGGUUCAUUGCCUUUUAGUUUGCAUCCAAUAGUUAGUCAUGCGUUAUUUCUUUUAUUUAUAUUCCUCAUCGCCAUUGUCUUAGUAAAUCUUUUAAAUGGUCUUGCUGUGAGUGACACCCAAGCAAUUAGAGCUGAUGCGGAAAUCGUUGCUCACGUAUCCCGGGUUAAACUUAUACAUUACUUUGAAAAAAUGGCACUAGGUGACCCGUUUUCGUGGAUUCAUAAAGCUCAAAACCACAUAAAUAAUUUUGGAUACAGUAUCCCUUCUUUAUGUACAAGACGAUUUUAUCUGAAAAUAAGGCUAUUUCCAGAUGCUCUACAAGAUUCGGAAAUAAAAAUAUUAACUAAUCAGAGAAAUUUUGUCGACUUUGGGUCAUCUACAAAAAAAAGUCAAAUAGGAUGUAUUGCGAAUUGUCAAGGUUAUUAUCUCGAGAAAGAAAUUGUCAAUGAGGCUAAGGCAAUAAUUAAUUUGAAUUUAGAGGGAGCAGACAAAAGUUGUAUGGAAAUUCUUGAUGUAUUUAUUAAGAAAUUUAAUACCGUAGAAAAAUCAGUAGAAGAAAUUAAAAAAAUGUUAAAUGCACUAAACACAAGAAGUGAAAUAGAUUCAAUAUCUUCGUCUAGUCAUACUCCUGUAUUAAAUGGAUCAUACAAAAGCUAAAAAAAAAUUAUUUCGAAUGUUAUAAUGGUUCACGUUUUAUUAUUUGCGGUCAAAAUAGUAAUACAUUUUAUUAUUAGUAGUAGUAGGUAAUACAUGUUCACGUAGUUCACGUUUUAAUGUAGGUAUGCGAUUUUCCUUAACACAUUAAAUAUAAAAUCAAAAUCAUGCAAACAUGUUAAACACUUUGAAAACCAUUCUAUUAAUACAAUAAAACAAUUCUAAUGGAAAAUGAUUGUAAAACAAUAUUUCAUUUUAAUAUUUAUAAUUUUGAUGACAAUAAGUUUUCAUUAUUUUCAUAUUUUAUAUUUUAUAAUAAUAAUAUUAAUCUUAACUAUCAUAAUGCCUUAAUCAUUUUGUUAAAUAUUUAACUUUAUAUAUACAAAAAUUACUUUUUUAUACAUUUUUAUAAGAGCAAAAACGUUGUAUUUAAAUAAUUUUAAGUAGUUUUCGUAAACUGUGAUUAAUGUUGUUAACUGAUUUAUAGUAUAUUUAUUAACUAUUUCAUAGUAUAUGCUUUUUUUAUAACCUAUUGUUAUUAGACUCUUUAAAUUAAAUAAAAUUAUAUUAUGUUAUUCUUUUAGCACUAAAUGCAAUUUAAAUGGUUGAACUUUGGUGUUAUCUUAUUAUUGUUUAUAUUCUUGUUGUUCAACAGUUAUACCACGUUACCUAUGUAGGUAUAACGUUUACUCAAUAAUAGUAAAAAUUAUAUUAUGAUGGUAAGAAUUCCGGUAAAUUAUAAAAUGUAAUUCCAAAUUUGAUUAAGCAAGACUUUAAGUUUAUUGUUAAUUUAAUAUUGGUUUAAAUUUUAUAUUUUGAUUUAAUUUGAAGAUGUUUAAUUUUUAAUUUAAAA